AUGGCUACUCCGCGUCCCUCCGUUGAGGCCGCUUUGCGGGUGGCACGUGAGUUCGACUACCCCUCAACACAAGUCCAACGCGGGGUCGAUGAGUUUCUUCGCGAGAUGUCCAAGGGCUUGUCCAAGACUGGUUCUACUCUCAGCCAGAUUCCUACGUAUGUGAACAGCGUUCCUAAUGGCACGGAAAAGGGCUUGUAUUUGGCUGUCGACCUUGGGGGGACCAACUUCCGAGUUUGCUCCAUCGAACUCCGCGGUGAUAGCACCUUCAACCUCACGCAAUCCAAAGUCCCAAUUCCUCGUGAUUUGAUGGUAUCUGCCUCGUAUAAACAAUUAUUCCAAUUUCUUGCCAAACAAAUUGAGAUUUUUCUUGAACUCCACCACAAUGACCACUUUGAAGCCACUGUACGAAGGCGUCGCCUUACAGGUACCACCGAUCAAUACCGCCAAGCAGAAAUUUUCGAUCUAGGGUUUACCUUCAGCUUCCCGGUCCAUCAAACGUCGAUCAAUAGAGGAACGCUGAUCCGCUGGACUAAGGGAUUCGACAUUCCUGAUGCUGUCGGUAAAGAUGUAUGCUUGAUGCUGCAAAAUGCGAUCGAUGAGCUCCGUCUCCCAGUCCGGGUUGCUGCACUUGUCAACGACACCGUCGGCACCUUGAUGGCUCGGUCAUACACGUCGCCUGGCAAGACUGAGACAUUGAUUGGAGCCAUUUUUGGCACCGGCACCAAUGGCGCGUACGUCGAAAAACUUAAAAAGGUAACCAAAAUGGCUACUUCAGAUGGCCCCGCACCUGAUGAUUCUGGAAACAUGGUCAUAAAUACAGAAUGGGGUAGCUUUGACAACCAUCUCAAUGUUCUUCCCAAUACCAUUUUCGACCAACAGCUCGACGCUGAUUCGGUCAAUCCUGGCAUUCAGAUGUUUGAAAAGCGAGUAUCAGGCAUGUUUCUUGGGGAAAUUUUGCGUCGUACAAUUUUGUCCUUGGUAAAAGACCCAGAAGCCAAGCUCUUACAAGAAGAUGGCGUGUCUAUUCCCCAAUCAUCACCUUUAUAUAGCUUGUGGGGGAUUGAUACUAGCUUUCUAAGUAUCAUUGAGGCGGACACUUCUUCUGAUCUGUCUUUGACGAAGAAUGCUUUGCGCAACCAUUUCGAAGUGAAUAACGCCAGCACCGAUGAUGCGCUGGCAAUCAAGACAAUUGGGCAUGCCAUAGCAAAACGUGCUGCCCGGCUAAGCGCUGUAGCUUUGUCUGCCAUCAUACUAGAUACGAAGAAGAUAGACACUGACGAAACCAUCGACGUUGGUGUUGACGGCAGCCUUGUCGAGUUCUACCCAAAAUUUGUAGAAUACAUCCGAGAAGCCAUGCGCGAGAUUAAGGAAAUCGGCGAAAAGGAGAAGAAAAUCCGUAUUGGCAUUGCCAAAGACGGUAGCGGGGUAGGUGCUGCUCUGAUUGCGUUAGUAGCUCAUAAGGGCAACGUCACUGGGAGACAGCAAUAA